AUGAAAGUGGAAAAUUCGCGUUUCUAUCUGGACGAGACCGAGAUGUCGUCGGAGGAGCAGGAAAAGGGUCCGAUGAAGCAUUUCCGGAGGCUCUCCGAUUUUCUGCACAACUACAAUAAAGCCGAGUGUGCGUCUUGCGCCAAGGUGCAGCUCGAAAACGAGCGGCUGGAGACGGUGCUGCAAAUGAAGAUGGCCGAGUAUCAUUUGAUGGAAAAGGCGAUGAAUCGAGUAAAGGAAGCUUAUGUCGAGGCGUGCUUGGAAAUUUCUGAACUAAAACAACAAUUGGAGGCAAUGAAGAAACAGCAAGAUGACUGCGAGUCUUCGAACUCUACCCUGAGCAAAUCUUAUUCGGAGUCAUCUCUU